AUGCUUGGCAACUUCUUAUCGAUAAACUUAUCGCAACCUCCGCACUCAACUUCUUUCUCCCUCUCCAACCGUGUGAACCAGACCUCAUGGAACUUACCUGGCUCCCGGAUAUUCCCCAGUCGCGAAGUCGUACUCGAGCUUUGCGUGCCUGUCCCCAAUGCCAGCGAUCAAAGGUGCGUCCAGAACUAUGCACAGCAAGUCUUGAAGCCAACAAACCAGAAACGAUGCCGACACCUCAACCCGGAGGGAGAGCCCUUCAAUCGUAAUAUUUCAAAUCGCCGGAAUAUAUCUAAGCCCAAUGAAAUCACCGCCCGACCGACUCGCCGAGAUGGUUCGAAUCGCUACCGACCUUAUUCGACUGCAACCAUAGAUCGACCACGGGCAGCGUCAGAUGGCCCAAACUUGUCGGAUCCCGCUACCGAACGAUUUGUGGGGGAUCUCAAUCCGGAAUCUGUCAUUCGUGAGAGGCUGCAUGAAAGUGGAACUCCUCUGCGGGACCGUAUCGGGCUCUGGAUCAGCUCGCCCGCUGCACAGAAGUCCAAAGUCCAGAGAUUGAAAGGGACAACUCCUGGUGAAGACUCUACCUCUAUCUCAUCGGCAACAGCGAAAGUUAGUGAGGCUGCAGCAGCAUCGCUCCACGAACUAUUUGCUGCGGGGCUACAAGCAUGUGAACCUUUGCCCUCGGAAACCAAAGAACCGUUGACUGCUAUCUAUUUUUCCAAGGUCAAUCAUAUUGUACCGAUAUUAGAUCAUGAAUCAUUUCUACGGUCACAGUCCGAUGGCUCGACUUCUGUGUUUCUUGAGAAAGCUAUCUGUCUCACUGCAGCCAAGACACAUGGAGCGAGUUCUUAUUUGCGUCUUGUGCUAAAAGGCCCGGUGCUUUCAUCACGUCAGUUCUGCUCCGAGCUAUAUAGGGAACUUGUGGUGGCCAUGGACGCAGGACUUGAGCCAGAUCGAUUGACCCGGAUUAGGGUGCUCGCGUUGAUGUCCUUUCACUGUGAAGGAUAUGAAGGCGCCGAGGCAGCAUCUCUACAUCUCUGUCAAGCCAUUCACCAAGCCCAGACUGUAGGGCUGCAUCUUGGCCGGCCAAAUCAGACAUCUACCGAUCCCCUGACCAAGCUUUUCUGGUGCCUUUGGACGCUGGAUAAGAUGCAUGCAAGUAUCGGUGGCCGACCAGUCCUCCUAGCAGACCGCGACAUUGGCGUGGUGAAGCCUGAUGUCAAAGCUCAGAGAUCUCGAGGAGCUUUUGAGGUCUGGUUUGCGGUAUCAGAUCUCCUGGCAACUGUGAUAUCAUACUACCGACCCUCUGCAGAUCCUUCCAGCGGGUGGGAAGAAGGAUUUCCCGCUUUUGAAGACAUCGUUGGGGAGGAUGCUAAGGAGGACCUAGACUACGCUACACUAGGCUUCUUGGAGCUCUAUUAUCACUCCGUCGCUAUACUUUCAUGUCGACACAAAGUAGCCGAAAACAUUGACGGCACCAGACUUUCAACGGUCCGACAAGGCCUAUCAGCCGUGCGCAUCCACUCCAUCGUCGCAUCAGAGUGCGCAGAUGAUCUCCCACCUCUCCCAAUCGUGCCAUAUUCCAUCACCCUCUCAAUGGGUGUCUCCUACCGUCAACUUCGCUCAAGUCGACUAAUUACACACCUCGAUCGCGCCAAAGCCAGUCUAGAAGCAUGUUGCUCUUUGCUGGAGAAUCUCAGUCCAUACUGGUAUUCCGCAGAAGCAAUGGGCCGGCUGGGACAUAAAGCCCUACAUCAAAUCGAGGGCCAUCCGCAACCUUCUACUCGGGAUACCAUGCACCAACGGCAACUAGAGUCUGCGCGUAAACCAAUCACUGAUGUCACAACAGUGGAACAGGGAUUAGAACCAAUGAAGUUUAUGCCCGGCAGUGUUGAGCAUAACCAAGCUCGGGCACACCAGCCCACAUACGAUCUCCCGGUCGAUCCUCCAGUCCCAGAAACAUCCAUCGACACACUCCAGCCCCGACUGAGCGAACUAGAUGCAUCGUCCAUGCAAGACGGGUUCGCCGAUAUCGAUAUGCUAUUUGGAGAAUUUUUAGAUCUUUCGUUGCCCACCAAUUUCUGGGAUCCUAUCUUUAUGGAGGAGCAAGGACAAAUGGAGGAUUCGCAAUCAUAA